AAGGGGGCGGAUCCGUCAUGACAGUCAAAAUCAGCAAAGCAUAGAACUGUAGCGAGUUGUACAGUAGUUGUGAGGUUGCUUUACUGAGCCGUAGACAUGUGUGGAAUCUUUGCCUAUCUGAACUACCACGUGCCUCGGACCCGGGGGGAGAUCCUGGAGAUCCUCCUGAAGGGUUUGCGACGCCUGGAGUACCGCGGCUACGACUCCGCAGGUGUGGGGUUUGACAGUGGGAACGGUAAGGACUGGGAGACAAAUGCCAGAUCCAUUCAGAUGAUCAAGCAGAGUGGCAAGGUGAAGGCUCUGGACGACGAGAUCCACAAACAGCAGGACCUCGACAUGGAUGUGGAGUUUGACAUCCAUUUUGGCAUUUCCCACACUCGCUGGGCCACUCAUGGGGCCCCCAGCCCUGUGAACAGCCACCCUCAGAGGUCUGACAAGAGUAACGAGUUUAUCGUCAUUCACAACGGGAUCAUUACCAACUAUAACGACCUGAGGAAAUUCCUGGAGAGCAAAGGUUACGAGUUUGAGUCGGAGACCGACACAGAGACCAUCGCCAAGCUGGUGAAGUACAUGUACGACAACCGGGAGAGUAACGACAUCAGCUUUGCCACUCUGGUGGAGAGGGUGACUCAACAGCUGGAGGGGGCUUUUGUCCUGGUCUUCAAGAGCGUCCAUUACCCAGGGGAGGCGGUCGGCACCAGGAGGGGAGGUCCUCUGCUGAUUGCUGUCAAAAGUGACCACAAGCUCUCCACCGACCACAUCCCUAUCCUCUACCGCUCCUCUGGUAAGGACAAGAAGAGCGGCGGCAGCCUGCCCAGGGUGGACCAGGACACGUGUCUCUUCCCCGUGGACAUGAAGGCUGUGGAGUACUACUUCGCCUCAGACGCCAGCGCGGUGAUCGAGCACACGAACCGCGUGAUCUUCCUGGAGGACGACGACGUGGCGGCGGUGACGGACGGACGCCUGUCCAUCCACCGGAUCAAGCGCACGGUGGGGGACCACCCGGCCCGCGCCAUCCAGACCCUGCAGAUGGAGCUGCAGCAGAUCAUGAAGGGGAACUACAGCUCCUUCAUGCAGAAGGAGAUCUUUGAGCAGCCAGAGUCCGUGUUCAACACCAUGAGGGGAAGGAUCAACUUUGACGACAACACAGUGACGCUGGGCGGGCUGAAGGAUCACAUCAAGGAGAUCCAGCGUUGUCGCAGGCUCAUCCUCAUCGCCUGUGGGACCAGCUACCACGCUGGCGUGGCGACUCGCCAGGUUCUGGAGGAGCUGACGGAGCUUCCCGUCAUGGUGGAGCUGGCCAGCGACUUCCUGGACCGCAACACUCCCGUGUUCAGGGACGACGUCUGCUUCUUCAUCAGCCAAUCAGGUGAGACCGCAGACAGCCUGAUGGCCCUGCACUACUGUAAGGAGAGAGGAGCUCUGACUGUGGGCAUCACCAACACGGUGGGCAGCUCCAUCUCCAGGGAGACCGACUGUGGGGUCCACAUCAACGCUGGGCCGGAGAUAGGGGUGGCCAGCACCAAGGCCUACACCAGCCAGUUUGUGGCCCUCAUCAUGUUUGCGCUGCUGAUGUGUGAUGACAGGAUCUCCAUGCAGCCCAGAAGAAGAGAGAUCAUCCAGGGACUGAGGGUCCUGCCAGACUUGAUCAAGGAGGUGCUGAGUUUGGAUGAUGAGAUCCAGAAUCUGGCUACGGAGCUGUACCAGCAGAAGAGUGUGCUUAUCAUGGGCAGGGGCUACCACUACGCCACAUGCCUGGAGGGAGCUCUGAAGAUCAAGGAGAUCACCUACAUGCACUCUGAGGGCAUCCUGGCAGGGGAGCUGAAGCACGGCCCUCUGGCCCUGGUGGACAAGCUGAUGCCCGUCAUCAUGAUCAUCAUGAGGGACCACACCUACGUCAAGUGUCAGAACGCCCUGCAGCAAGUCAUCGCUCGCCAGGGCCGGCCCAUCGUCAUCUGUGACAAGGACGACUACGAGACUGUGAAGAACUCGAGCCGCACCAUCAAGGUGCCCCACUGUGUGGACUGUCUCCAGGGCGUCCUCAGCGUCAUCCCCCUGCAGCUGCUGUCCUUCCACCUGGCCGUGCUGCGCGGCUUCGACGUGGACUGCCCCAGAAACCUGGCCAAGUCUGUGACGGUGGAGUGAACUGAAGGCUCCUCAGCCCAGGGAAACGCACACACACACACACAGUGCUGGAGCAGCUGCUCACACAGUUUAUCAAUGUUUCCUAUUUUGUAAGCGUCUCACUUCAUGACUCUUUAUAAUGCAUUAUUCCUCUUGAUCAAAUACUGUAUCACACUUUUCUCUGAAGCCUGAAGGAAUCAUCAUGUCAUGGUAUACUUUUUGUUGCUGUUUGGCGAGGUUGGAGGUGAACAGUAAUCAAUGUCCUAUCCACGUGGAGAAGUCUGAUACCGGGGAACAGCCAUGAUUGAAACACAAUCAUUACUGCUUUACUUGGCCUACACGUUCAUGAGUGCACUACUUAGCAAGGUUGGAAACGUGUUUGCAUUUGAUUCAUUGUGCUCUUCGGUUGUUUGUUUCUGAAAGCUUAAGUUACUGAUCGAUGUUGGUGGGUUACAAGAACUGUGAAGUGUAGUGUGUUGGGAUCAUCUUUUUGGCAGCUUGUUAUUUGGAGAGUCAUUGUCCUUUUGCUUUCAUUUGUCAACUUUGAAAUCAUUCCUGCCCUUUUUUGUAACUAAAAAAUAGAAGUUCUUCCGAUUGCUGUGCCACGUACGUCUCUAUCAAGCAGUGUAAGGCAUGGGGUAUAUAUUGAAUAUUUUAUUUUUUUUUUUACAUAUCAGGUCUAUACACUGUCAUUAGAUUAGUUCCUGAUAGACUUUUGCAGCGAUAAGUUUCUCUUUAUGGCCUCACUCUUUCCUACCUACACCUUGCCACCACAAUGAUUUGUGCAAAAAUUGGGACCAUUAUUUAUGUUUUUGUAGUUUUUCCACUUUCUGGUUUGUAAUUGUAAGCAUUUGACCUAAAUGUGAAUGUGACUGCUAUGUUCAAACAAAUACCUAGAUCCCAGAAAAUCAAAAUGUCGCUGGACAUUUCUUCUGUCAACCAAAGGUCUACCUGGUUGUGGGGGGAUACUGUUAAAUGGAGGCUGUGCUUAGACAUGGUGACCUCACCUAGAUACAAAGUAACUAAGUCCAUUUAUAUAGCUGCUAUUUGAAAUGUAAGUCAAGAUCAUAAUGUUAGUAAACAUUUGUCACAUCCAGCUGUUGUGUGAAUGCAAAGUGUUCAACUGUUAUAAAUAUAUAGUAAUUGGACACAUGUUUUAUAUUUUAUUUAGUGUUUUACUAUUCAUUAGAAAUGCAUCUUGGAACUGGAUUCAUGCCUUGUGUGUUUAGGCUAAAUGACUCAUUCUGCACUUGAUAACUCAUGUAGUGUCUUCUGAUCCAGUGUAACCAACAAUGUCUACUGCAGACUUCUGUGAGGUGAAGAGCAACUGGAAAACAUAAUCGAAGUGGGUUAUGGUUUUAAUGGAGGGCAUAGAUAGACUACCAAACUGGAAGUUAUACACAAGCGAUAUGCACUAUGAUCUUUACCUUGUAGCGUCUGUUUACCACUGGGUUACUGAGGAUUUCUAUUUAAAGACAAAGCUGAUGCAAUAAAUGACUGUCCCCAUCUCUUCAGCUUUUGAUCAUA